AUGCCUCUUACUACCCGCUCUGGACGCCGGUCAAAAGCCCCACUUCGAGCCGACCAGGUGUCCACGUCAAAGGAUGGCAACGAAGCACGUUCCCGCCCUGGUUCAAAGUCGGCCAAUGUACCUUGCGCUCAGCCUAAGCCUCGUCCCCUUCCAAGGUCCGAAUGUUCCGACCCUUUAACAUCAUCUGCUGAGGAAGACAUUUUCUUUUCCAAUUUCGCCAGGCACUCGUUCGUCAGCAACAAGUCCAACAAGUCCAAUAAUGCAAGUGAGGAACCCGAGGCCCAGUUACCUGAUGAUGACACGGAUAACAAUACACAGCAAGUUGAAGCUUCUCUCAGGGAUGACAGUGCUGUUCUCCGCACUGAGAGUGACACGGGUACAGGUAUCAGUCCUGCAGCGACGAACAAAAGGGAGACAGCACCCACUCAGUCCGACGGUGAGCACGGCAGCAACGUAGCAACGAACAACACCGCAGCUCCAUCCAACGCUGACAGUCCAGCCAACACUGAUGGCGUGAUCCAAACGAACGAAAGGGAAAAUCCCACAGCCCAUUGCCCGCGCAGAUCUGGUGCUCAGAAGUCAUACUUACCUUCUGAUGAGGGGAAAUUUGUAGAGAGCUCUGGUUCUGAUAGCGACUGGGCUGCAACAGAAGAGCAACGAAAGAAAGCCAAGCGCAAUGCGGAUCCCAUGAGGUUCCCCAGCCCAUCUACAGUGGGACAUCAGAAGGGCAAAGCAGUGGCAGAGGCAGAGGUAGACGACAAUGAUGAUGAUUCCGAGGGUUGUGACAAAGAAGACAAGCUUGAAGACGGGGACGAGACGACGCACAAAGCGGGCAGACUAUCUAAGGAAGCUAUUUUGGCAGUGCAUGAUUUUGGUAAGAGGGUCCAGGAGGAAGCGACCGACAUUGGCAAACAAUUUGGGAAACAUCGGCAGGUUAUUCUGAUGGAGGCAGGAUUAGCUAGGAAAGCAACUCGCAAGGAGUCCAUUUGGAAUCAGCAUCAGGCCUGGUUCAAAACUGUGCUGCACCCAUCCAAAGCAGCGAGCUUGCAGGCAUGGAAAGCCAAGCAGGCUGAGCAUUAUCAUGCCCAUUCACACAAGGACCCUAAGAACGCAGCUCUAUGGAAACAAAUCCGAGAGCAUUUUGAUCAUGUGAUUGCCACUCCUGACGAUCUAUCCUCUCGAGAGUCAUGCAGUCUUAUGAUGGCAGUCCGUGAAAUGUUUGCAAAAUCGGCUUUGUACUGGCACCGCACAUACGGAAUUCAUGUCGCUGGUAUUGUGAUUUACCCAGGAGAUGAGGAGUCUGGCCGCCAGGCCUCCAGCUUUUUUGCGGGGUCAGAUAUUGUAAAGGCCCUCAUUGACGCUCAACGAGUCGAUGCCAAGCAUAUGAUAGAUGAGAUCACAACAAUUCUUAAAUGGGACUUAGAGGCUGCGCAAGCAGGAGGCAAGAAUAUUAAUUCUCUUCCGCUGGCUGCCCCGGUCGCCAAUGCUUCGCUUCUACGCAACGGUAAAUCUGACAGGGAUAGAAAUCACAUGGUUGCACCUGUGGUCAUCAGCGAAGCAUUCGCUGAAGCCGGUCAUGCACUAAAGACUUCCAAUAGUAGAUGGAUGACAAUGCUUGAUGUCCUGUACUCGACAAGGUUGUGCAUCCAUGACUGGCCCGCUGGAGUUCCACCCCCUGGCACUGAUUUUGACCUCAAAGUGCUAUCCGCAAGUCAGUUAUGCGCCCUGGUGGGUCCAUAUUUGAGGAUUCAUCUUGGUGAGAUGUAUGAGGCUGAGUUGGGCCAAGAUGAGGAUGAGGAUGAUAGCGAUGCAGAGAAAGGCAAGAUGGCUAAGCGGAAAGGCAAGUCCAAGAAGUCUAAUGAGCAUCGACGAACAAAGGGUGUGGUUGUGGAGGUGCCGGAUGUUCUCUUAUCUAUCCAGGUUCAGUUGCAAGACCUCACCUCAUACACUGGUGACGUGUUCGAAAUCCCUCUUGUCAUCAAUACAGAUGGUGUCAUCUUACGUCGUCUCAAAGAUUCAGAGAAAUUCAUUAAGGACCUCCCUCCCCAUGUUACUCACAAGCAAAUAGGCAAGAUGAUUCGUGCAGAAACUCCGACCUCAGAUGCAAGUGCAGAGCAUUCGGGCUCUGAGGCUUUGCGUCCUAACUUGGUUUUUUGUACACGUGGUAUGGUUCCACGCGCCAACUCAGGGGCUCCGUGCUCUCACCUUGGGGCUCCGCGCUCAAACCAAGGGGCUAUGCGCUCAAACCAAGAGGCUUUGCGCUCUGCCGCUGGGGCUUUGCGCUCCACUUCUGGGGCUCCGCGCUCCAACCAAUUUGUCCCUAGGCACACGGACUAUGAUGAUUUCGCUGACAACAGUGACCUCCCAGGCGACUAUGACGAUCUCCCACCAUCUUCUCCUUUUUCGCCUGCUACGCCUCGAGGUUCAAAUGCAGCCCAUGGUCGAUCCCAGUACACCCGUCUGCGUGAAGACAUCCGCCAUUCUAUUGCCUCUACUGAGGCCGACGACAUCGAGACUGCCAUGGUGGAUGAUAGGCAAUGGGCCAGGAUGUGUGACAGGACAAGCAUGGAUCAAAGGUCUACUCUUGGUCAUCACCAUCCUAAGCCACAUGUUCGCGCUACAUCAAAGGCACGCAUGGGACCUCCGAACCAAAACACUACGCACUUGCCAUCUCGUUCGGCAGUUGUGCCCUACUCUGAGGGCUCUCCGUCUUCGCGCCAAUAUGCCUCACGUGUUCGGCCUGCUCAUGUCUUGGAUCGCCGUUUACUUGCUCCUGUAGAUGAGCAUGAAUUUGAGUAUAACUGA